AUUUAAAAUGUCAAAUUUCGAUACAAAAGAAGCAAGAGAUAAGAGGAUUAAAGAUGAACUUGAAGAACUGAACAAUAAGCUUGAGCUUGAUCUCAGCAGGGAUGACUCAGAGAGAGACUACCAAGACCCACAAAGACCUAUAAGGACUAAGGCUGAUUUUAAACCAGAAGCCCUGUUUGUGGGUCAAAUACUUGGCGCUGAUGGGUUUGAUAACGAAGAUGCUCUAUUUCUUGAGGUUAUUUUUAAACAUGGUGAGCACUGGAAACUUCUGGCUCUUCCUUCUCCAAUCCAGACUCAUUCCUGAUACCCAGACGAAGAUGGGACUUAUGUAUUUGCACAUCCAUUUGAAUUUUAUCUAACCUCUGGUAGCAUUCAUGGCUGGCCUAAGUUUAUUAUUAAGGUAUAUCGGUUAGACGACUUUGGUAAGAUUGAUGCCAUUGCAUAUGGAUCAGUCACUCUUCCAAACUCAGCUGGUACUUUUGAGCUAGAAUGCUCAACAUGGAGGCCUAUGGGUAACUGUAUUGAUGAAAGCUAUUCCUUCUUCCUUGGAGGACCUCCAAAAUUGACAACUUUAAACCCUCUGACUAGAGAUCUGACACUGAGAGAGAACAUCAGCACUGUGAGUUCCGGAAAUAUCCACAUACAAUGAGACGUAAUCUUGAAAUCCUUCGAAGACCUGGGCAUUAAGACCUCAUAAGCUAGCAUAGUUUUCAAUAAGAA